AUGACUGCCCCACCUGUGACAAUUCCUUUUCCACAAAAAAUGAAGCGAGAAAAGCUUGAUGGUCAAUUUGCAAAAUUUUUGGAAAUCUUGAAACAAAUUCAUAUUAAUAUUUCUUUCACUGAUACUUUGUUGCAAAUGCCUUCAUAUGCUAAAUUUUUAAAUGAAAUUUUGUCAAGCAAAAUUAAAUUGGAAGAAGUUUCUGUGGUAAUACUUACUGAAAAAUGCAGUGCUAUACUUCAAAAUAAGCUACCACAAAAAUUUGGUGAUCCUGGCAGUUUUACCAUUCCAUGCACUUUGGGAGGAGUAUAUUUUGAAAAAGCACUUUGUCAUUCUGGAGCUUCAAUAAAUUUGAUGCCAUUUUCUAUCUUUAGAAAAUUGGAUCUUGGUGAAAUGAAAGACAUAAGUGUUUCUCUUCAGUUUGCAAAUCAAAGUACUGAGAAACCUAAAGGAAUAAUUGAAAAUGUUCUUGUAAGAGUAGAUAAGUUUGUGUUCCUUGUAGAUUUUAUAGUGCUUGAAAUAAAAGAAUGUCCUAAUGAACCAAUAAUUUUGGGUAGACCAUUUCUUGCUACAGGAAGAGAAAUUAUAGAUGUUCAUCAAGGACAACUAAUUUUGAGGGUUGACGAAGAAAGAGUCAUUUUUGAUAUGCAAAGAUACUAA